UUAUUGUUUUUUACAUGUAAUUAUGAGUUGCUUCAAAACAUACCAAUAAAGAAAUAUAAUUAUGAAAUGCUUCAAAACAUACCAAUAAGAAAAUCUUUGGUUAGCCCAUAAAUUUAUAUAGCCAUGAGAUAGGCCCAUACGUUUUGUGCAUAAUAAUAGAGCUCUCUCUCUCUAGCUCAGUGUCAAUGUCAAUGUUGAAACUCAACAUCCCCACUUUCCCAAAUUUAGCGUCAUCUCUGUUCCCAGAUUCGAACCCAAGAGGACCCAGCGAGAUUCGAUUCUCCAACAGAACAAAUUCGAACCCAAGAGGACCCAGCCAGAUUCGAUUCUCUAACAGAUGGGGCAACGCUAACGCCGAUCUCCUCUCUCUCUCUCUCUUGGAUGAACGUUGCAGAAGGGAUCAAAUUCGUUGUUGCGGGAUGGCAGGAGGAGGAGGAGGAGGAGGUGAUCAUCAUCACGUGGGAGUGUGGUGGGACCUGAACACGUGUCCUCUUCCGGCUGGUGUAGACGCUCGUUGUGUCCGUCCGUGUAUAGAAUCUGCGUUGGAAAAGCAGUUUGGUCGUCGUUCUGCAGUCAGCAUCUAUAUCUAUGCCAUAGGAAACCUAGAAUUCAUCUCUAGUGACCUCUUGCAAAACAUCUCUUCCUCCGGAAUCAUUGUUACUCAUGCCCCCUGCGGUAUGCACGACUUAUAUGAUUUUCUGGUCGACUGGUCUGAGGAUGAGCUUAAAAACCCACAUCCUCGUGUUUACGUAAUGAUCAUCUCGAGUGAUUAUAAACUGCUUUACCCUGAGCGUUUUCGGCUUUUUGGAUUCACUACUUUUGUUGCAUAUCCAAAAGGUGUUCGCCUACUUGCCCAUCUUACCCAGCUAAAAUUUCUUGGCCAAGAGUUUGACGAAGUGUUUGCCAAAGAGUUUGUCUGGGAAACCUUAUUGAGUGAUAAUUUGGAUGAAACUUUAUUAUUGAGUGACAACAACACAUGUGAUGAGAAACCUCUCUGCAUUUGCAACAUAUGCUGUUAUGAUUACGAAGUAUGUGACGAAUUCAUCACUCAUCUCAAGUGUGAAGAGCACAGAAACCAGUGGUCUGAAAUUGUGCACGACCGCAAGCUUAAAUAUUUUUGCCAAGUUUGCAAUUAUCCCGCCUAUAGCCACUAUAACCUCUUUCUCCAUAACCAAAGUGAAGCACAUAAUCGCAAGCUGGUUGAGAAACAGGCUCAAGAAGAGGAGGAUUGCCAGAGCAGGAAGACAAAUCCAGAAUUGGAUCUCUUCUACGAGAGAAACAAGGAGCAAUCUCUUUGAACCAAGGCAGCCUAAGGAAGAAGAAGAAGAAGCAGCAGCUAGAGUGCGUGCAUCCCCAUGGGGUCUUUGUGUUAAAGAGUUUUACUAAAUAAUGGACUACUUAAUUAUUAUUAUUAUUAUGCUGAACUAGGGUUGGCCCGCCCUACGCGGCGGGAUAUUAGUUAAUUUGAUAUUCACUAAAUGUUCGAGUUGAAAUUUGUUUUAAGAUUCAAAAAUUUGGUUAUCUGUUAUGUGUUACUUAUUAGUAUGCGGUGGUACAGUUGUUUUUCGAUUA